AUGCACAAAACCUGCGCCUUCCAACGAACGCUCGCGCGCGGCGUCCUCACGGCGCGCGCGCCGCGAACGAGCGCGGACGCACCGCGCUCGAGUCGUAGAAUCACCGCGCACGCGCAGACGCGCCGCGAGUCCCAUCGGAAAGUCGAUGGGAACGGUGGCAAGGAUUACGCGCAAGUCCGGCACCAACCAGAUCCGAGCGCGCAUCCGACGCACUUGAUUCCGGAUGAUUUACGCGCGCCCGACGUCGACGACGCGCGGAAAAAGAAACCAGUGGCGAUUGUUUUGGCGUACGUCGGGCAAGGGUACAAAGGGAACACGCACAACGCGCAGGCGCCGCGAGGGACGACGGUGGACGACGUCGUCGAGGACGCGCUCUUCGCGUGGGGCGGGAUUUUAAUGCCAAAUUAUCGCAGUCGCGGGUUGCAGCGGUUGAAGUGGAGUCGGAGCAGUCGCACGGAUAAAGGAGUGAGUUCGUUGUGCACGGUGGUGAGUUUGCGGGCGGAGAUCGAUCCGGAGGUGUGGACGAAGGACGUCGAGGCGAGGGAGACGGCGAGAGAAAUCACGAAACAUUUGCCAGAAGACGUGGAGUGUUUCGCGGUGUACAACACGCCGAAAUCGUUUCAAGCGCGAAGAGAGUGCAUCAUGCGCACGUACGAGUACUUGCUUCCGGCGCGGGUGUUAGAUUUAGAGCGCGGUGUGCUCGAUGCGAGCGAUGCCGAGCGAUUGGAACUGUUUUCAAAGGCGCUCGCGGCGUUCGUCGGCGCGCACCCGUUUCACAAUUAUACGAAACGGAAGCAGUACACGCGAGAGGCGAUAGGAAAGUACAGCGCGAAACGGCGAGACGCGCGCGGUAAGUUGGCAUGGAAAGGGCAAGAGGGUGCGGUCAUGGACGAUGGAUCGGACGAAGACGUGGAAGGGGAGCACGGCGAGGAGGACGAGGAGGAGAACGUCGUCGCGUCGACGUCCGCCGCCGAACACGACGACGGGUUUCCAAAACACGUCGGUGAACGCAGGCGAGGCACGUAUUGGUUGUACGAAAGCGACCCGAACGACAAAAUCGGCCCGUCGCACUUUCGAAGGAUUCACAACUUUACCGCGGGCGCGGAUGUCGAGCGUAUGGAAAUCACGAACGACGACGGAUCGAAGACGACGAGCGAACCGUUUAUUCGCGUCUCCGUUCGAGGGGAGUCGUUCAUGCUGUACCAGAUUCGCAAAAUGAUCGCCAGCGCCGUGGCGGUGAGUCUCGGUCAUUGUCCACUCGAGUUCCUUCCCGCGUCGCUCUCUCGACCGUGCCGCGCGGCGAUGCCGCUCGCGCCCGCGUCCACGCUCUACCUCUACGACGUCGAAUUCAUGAAGUUUCGCGUCAAUCACGACCCGUCGCAGCCGAACCGUUUAGAACGGCUCGAGCCGUCCGAGAGCGUGCGCGCGGACUUGGCGCGUUUCCAACGCGAAAAGCUCGAGCCCGCGCUCGCGCCCGCGCUGCUGAACGACGAAUGGGACGACUUUAAGGAAAACUUGAAGCAAGGCAACGUCACGCCCGAGCUCUCGCGCGACAUCUUAGCCGCGUACGAGACGUACAAGGCGAACAGAGACGAGGCGCGCGCGUUACAGGACGCCGAAGAAGCCGCGGCGGCGGCGGCGGCGGCGGCGGCGGCGGCGGAUUCGCCAUGA